AAGCGCCCUCACUAAGUCUACAGCUCACUGACAGCAGGGAGCCUACUAAUCAAAGUAAUUGCAGCAAAGCCGGGGCCACUGUAAGAGCCCGGGGCGACUGUUCCCCCUUCCAACCCCCUUGAUGGCGGCCCUGCCUCUAGUAGUGUGUCUAGGGCAAAAUUCACUGGGCUGGCUCAUCAGUCUGUUAAGCUCUUAGAUUUGCAAGACAUCCACAGGAUGUAAAUGGAGUUAUCAGAGAUUAUUCAUGUGAAGCAUCGAUGAAGUUCAUAAACUACAGAAAUCCCCCGCCGUGCAGGAGACAAUAUGAAGCCUGCAUACGAGAGGAGCCAGGAAUGUCUUCCACCAAAGAAACGGGAUCUGGCACAAAACAGUGUGAAUGUGGGGGAGGAGCACAAGGUACCCAGCUCAUCUGCUAAUGAAAGCACGACCAGUGAAGCUUUGGGAUGGCCCAGGAGUGUGCUUGUAGCAGCAGGCCAGGGACAUGGAAUAAGUUAUGAAGGUGCUGGGGAGGGAGCAGAAGCUGUAACUGUGGAUCAGUAUGCAACUUUUUACAAAGUUGCUGUGCCUACUGCCUCCUUUUCUUCACCUGGUCUCCACCCAGUGAUGAAUAUGAGCUCUAUCCCAUCAUCCUUCAAUGUAGCUUCUCCUUUGAUACAGCACCCAGGUAUAACUUAUCCAUCUAUUCAUUAUGCUCCAAUUCCACAUUCUGCUGUGCAAUUCAUUGGUUCCCCCUAUGCAGUUCCAUAUACAGUUCCACCAGGCUUUCUUUCUCGAGCUGUGAUAUCGCCUCCUGCCAAUUUAGCUGCUUCUCAUGUUCCUCAGUAUGUGCCAUAUAAUUCUGUCCUUGUUGAGGGCGUGACUCCACCCCCAGAGGCUCAAUCUCCCCAUUCCAUGAGUAAACUUACUAAUGCACAGUCCCCUUCAGUCAUUAUGGGGGUGGUGCCGGUGGAUGUUGCAAAGGGAAGAGUUCCUGUAUUUUAUCAGCAUUCCUCUCAGCUGCCAGUUGCCUAUCCUGUGAAUGAAAUGCUUCUGGCAUGCCAUCCUAACACAGAACUUUGUGCUCCUUCCCAUGCUGAUAAAGACCAAGAUAUACUAAUCACUUCUACCAAUGGGACACAGAGGAUACCUGAUAAUGUCUCUGGCCAUAGGGCCAGUAAAGUAGUAGACUUUUACAUCCAGAAUGCAGAACAGCUUGGAAAGGGGCAAGGAAAUAUGGUGGAUGGUGAUGUUUACACAGGCCUUGCAACACAAAGGACUGAGGCCUCUUUGCUAACCCACAGGAGCACUCCAGACACAGAUUUGGAAGUUCAGAGGGUUGUUGGGGGUCUGGCUUCACAAGAUUUCUGUUCACCGUCUGUUCAGAAAAAAGACAUGUUAAGCCCAUUAAAUCUUUCACAAAAUGCAAUUGAGCAGCAGCGGGUGCAACCAAAAAGAGAUUCUGUUCAUGGAAAACUGCCUAACCCUUCCGAGAGAGGACAGAUUGGUAUGUAUACCGAACAGCCUGUUAAAUACACAGAGAAAGCAGCAUUAACAGCAAAUGGGGAACCUACUAAAGUGAAAACCUGUGCCAUGCAGCAGUCAUUCCCAGCAACUGCCCGUCAAAUAUCAAAAUUACAGGGGGCACAAGAUAGCCAUAUCUGUGACACUCCUUCAGAUAGGAACUCCCCACAUACAAGCAUUGCAUCGAAAGAGCCCCCGCAUUCCACUGCUUUACCGUCACACUUCAUGAAAGGUGCCAUUAUUCAGCUGGCCACUGGAGAAUUGAAAAGGGUAGAAGACCUACAAACCCAAGACUUUUUGCGGAGUGCGGAAGUGAGCGGUGGCCUGAAAAUAGAUUCUAGUACAGUUGUGGACAUUCAAGAAAACCAGUGGCCAGGCUUUGUGACACUUCAUUUCAUUGUGGGGGAACAGCAGAGUAAAGUGUGUCUUGAUGUCCCCCCUGAACACCCUUUCUUUGUGUAUGGACAAGGCUGGUCUUCCUGUAACCCUAGGCAGACAGCUCAACUUUUUGCACUUCCUUGCCAUCGGCUUCAGGUGGGGGAUGUUUGUAUAUCAAUCAGUUUGCAGAGUGUAGUUAAGAAUGAUGCCUCAUCCGUAAGCUGUACUUCUGCAAGUCAGACUAUGCCAAACACCACUGAGAAAGCAGUGUUAUAUUCUAGAGAGGGUCAGUUGCCUGAGAUAGAUGGCGAGAAGCACAAUCAGCUUAAGGAAAAAGGUCAGAGUUCCUAUGUCCAGACCUUGUGUUCUCAUUCCUCAGCUGUGUCCAGCUGGUCCAGUUCAGGCGUCCAAAGACAUAAUGUGCAAAAUGCAGAUACUCCGCCUUCAUCUGCCCGCCACUCUUUUAUUCCCCAAGAGGUGAAGUUGUCCAUUGAGGGGCGUUCAAAUGCAGGGAAGUAACAGCAUGCUUCUGAACAGACAAAUGAUUUGCACAGUACAGAGUACAGGGAUAAUCAGGCUGUGGCAGGUGCCUUGCUGCAGAAUUAUGGAACACAGUAGGGUAUUACCUAAAAACCCACCCUGCACAGUCAUUACCUGUUAUUAGUACUACAUUGUUUUUUAUUUUAUUUUUUUGCUUUGUUAGUCACAUUAUGAUAUCUUGAAAUGUAGUCAUUAUUUUCUUAAUAUGAAAUGGAUUAGUCAAGGCUGAAGGCAGGCAGAAUAUCCUACUCCUUAAUGACAGAUGCUACAAUGUGACAAAGUCUUUGGGACAGAAAAUGUACUGUUUGGUUUCAGAUCUUAGGGUCUUCCUUUUUAAACUUACAUGCAUGGCUGUGGACACUGCAUAAUUAGCUUUUUAUAAUGUUUUAUGUAUUUUUUUUUACACUGCAUCCGUGAUGAUGAUCACUGCAUCUUUUUUCAUUCCUACUUUUCCUGGUAUCUGCAGUAAAGCUGGGCUUUUAACUUUAGCCCUGUACAUAUGCCUAACUGCUACACCUGCUAGUAAAUAGACACCCAGAUAGUCACUUGCCAGCAUAAACUAGCCAUAAAAAAAACAAAUUAGUUGUUUAAUCUAGCUGCCAAAGUUUUGUGAGCCAAUUUAACAGUCAUUUGGCUUUUGGGACCAAUAAUCCGAUCACAUGCGUGGGCUCCAAGCAGACUGGUCAGACAACCGUAUGCACUGGCAAUUAAGAUUAUUGGCUGACUUCAAUAUCAGAGCUGACAAACUGAUAAAAAAAUCCUGGAUUUUGAUUGCUGGGUCAUUUAGUCUAAGCCAAAUCAGUGUAUAUGUGGCCGGCUAUAACAAACAGACUCAAAGAGCAGAUCUUUACUGUUUUUAAAGGAGAAGGAAAGCUACAGAGGCAUUUUAUUGCCAAUAGAUUAGCUGCAAUAGUACAAUCUAGAAUGCUAUAUCUAUUCUGUGAAAUGUUUUACCAUGCCUGAGUAAAAAGCUCUAGAAACUUUCUGUUUGUUUAGGAUAGGAGCUGCUGUAUUAAUGUGGUGUGACAUCACUUCCUGCCUGAGUCUCUCCCUGCUCACUUAUAGCUCUGUGCU